CAUGACUGCGUGCUUGUUGGAAGUUGGAGAUUGGAAGUUGACUGGGAUUAAGCUAGCAAAAUAUGAGUCGAGGCAUCAAGAGACACAAGGGGCGAGCGGAGACAAAGAGAGAUAUCUAAGAGAGCACUGUUGGCUGGCGGUGAAAAAUGCUGCAGACUGGCUGAGUUGUAAAAUCAAGUGCAGCUUGAGCUAGCACUAGCGCUAACACUGCUAGCACUAAUGUUCGCAACACGGCUGAGCCAGCACACCAGGGAGAAGGACACGACAGCGAGGAAUAUGAGCAAUAGCAGGAACAAAACGAGCAAGAGGAGGAUGAAGAGGUAGACAUGGAUAACUGCGUGACGGGGAUCUGUGAGGGGCAGAACUCGUGUCCAGCUAGUGACACCUCCGCUGGCCAAUCAGAGGCGGGCUCCGGGACCGCGUUGACCAAUGAGAGCAUCCUGUAGGAGUGUCAGAGCACGAGGAGCGUUUUGUGGAGUUUGCUAAAUGACUGCAGCAAGAAAACCCAGUGUGGGUCGGAGCGCACCGAGGCUGGCUCUGCUGUCUACACUGUACCUCCGCGCGCGUGUGUGUGUGUGUGCCAGUGUGCGUGUGUGUUCGCCGGGCUCUCCUGCCAUGGAAGAGCGUCCACGUCGGUCCGAUACGCAGCUGUCUCCGGUGUUGUAACACUCUCACAGCUCCUGAGGGGAUUGGGUCGUGGUUUUUCUUUUUUUUUUUUUCUUCUUUUUUUUUUCCCCCCCCUGUCCUGACGGAACCGCUGUCCGGAUGGGAGCGGAUGCGGAGCGCAGCAGCAGCAGCAGCGGCCGCCGGUGCGUCUCCAACUUGACCACCACCAGACAAUGGGAGUAGCUGAGCCGUGCUGCCUCAGCGCCAAGUACUACUACUACUACUACUCGCCCCUGGGAGACAAGUACGAGAGGAAGCAGCAGCAGCAGCAGCAGCAGGAGGAGGUGAAGAAGAAGGAGAGGGAGAAGAAGAAAAGGAGGCAGACUUGUUCUACCUGCAGACCUCCUUCUCUCAGCAGCAGCAGCAGCAGCAGCAGCAGCAGCAGCAGCGCCGGGACUCCCGCAACAGCCCGUACGCACGGAUCCAGAGCGACGCGCCGGCUCCCGCCUGUGGGAUGCAUGUGAGAGAAAGCUUGCAGAUGUGAGAGAGGAACUUCUACGUGUGGGUCUAUUAUUCCGUGAGUGGAAUUAGGGGAUAUAACGCACAGCGGUCUGGAGACGCAGCCUCCCGCCAGCCACAAUAGCCUCUCUUUUUUUUUUUUCUCCACCACUGAAGGAAUAUGUCUUAUUUUUUCCCCUUCAAACACUAUGGAUCGCACAGACUGGACUUAAAAAUAAGUGGGUUUGUCAAUUAACAGAAGCGUGUGAGCGGCGAGUCCCCCCCCCUUCCUCCUCCUCCUCUUCCUCCCCCCUGUCUGUCCCCUCAGGAGCCUGAACCUUGGACGAGCUUCCUACUCCCCGCAGCCUCUCCGCCUGCCGCUGUCCGCGGUCCUGAACGCAGUGUCGGGGUGGAUUUCAGUGGAUUUCCCCGGCUCCACCGGAGGCGCAGAGAGCAGACACAAGCAUGAUUUCACGGCCGGUGAGGUCAUGAGCAUCCCCCGGCUCAGCACCGGCUACCCCGGGAUCUGAGACCCAGAAACCAGCGGAACAUUUUCGGCUCACCUUGGAGGUCAUAAACCGUCCCCACAACCCCCCCUCCCCUCUCCUCCUCUUCCUCCUCCUUUUCCACCACUAAAGGAUUUUUUUUUCAUCAUCCUCUGAAGAGUGUGACCCCCCCCUCCCCUCUCCCUCUCCCUUCAGCAACACCUCCACCCCCCCUCUCUCCCCUCCAAACAAAAUGAGACUGGCCAAAAUGUGCCGACUAAACGCGCUGGGGAUCUAUUUGUGGGAAACGGUAGUGUUUAUCAGCUUGGCAGCAUCCAAAGAAGCUGCGGCGAGGAAAGCUGCCAGCCCGAUGCCGCCCUCCGAGUUCCUGGACAAACUCAUGGGCAAGGUUUCGGGCUACGACGCCAGAAUUCGACCAAAUUUUAAAGGUCCGCCUGUAAACGUGACCUGCAACAUUUUUAUCAACAGUUUUGGGUCCAUCGCUGAAACAACAAUGGACUACAGAGUGAACAUCUUCUUGAGACAGCAGUGGAACGACCCUCGGCUGGCCUACAGCGAGUACCCCGACGACUCGCUGGAUCUUGACCCCUCUAUGUUGGACUCCAUCUGGAAACCUGACUUGUUCUUCGCUAACGAGAAGGGCGCCAACUUCCACGAGGUCACCACUGACAACAAGCUGCUACGCAUCUCUAAAAACGGCAACGUGCUCUACAGCAUACGAAUAACACUGAUCCUGGCCUGUCCCAUGGAUCUGAAGAACUUCCCUAUGGACGUCCAGACCUGCAUCAUGCAACUGGAGAGCUUCGGCUACACCAUGAACGACCUCAUAUUCGAGUGGGAUGAGAAGGGAGCCGUGCAGGUGGCCGACGGGCUGACGCUACCUCAGUUCAUACUCAAAGAGGAGAAGGACUUGCGCUACUGCACCAAACACUACAACACAGGUAAAUUCACCUGUAUCGAGGCUCGUUUCCACCUGGAGCGUCAGAUGGGCUACUACCUGAUCCAGAUGUACAUCCCCUCGCUGCUCAUCGUCAUCCUGUCCUGGGUUUCCUUCUGGAUCAACAUGGAUGCCGCACCCGCCCGGGUCGGUCUGGGCAUCACAACUGUGCUGACCAUGACCACGCAGAGCUCCGGCUCCAGAGCCUCCUUGCCCAAGGUGUCCUAUGUAAAAGCCAUCGAUAUCUGGAUGGCCGUCUGCCUGCUCUUCGUGUUCUCUGCCCUGCUGGAGUACGCCGCUGUCAACUUCAUCGCCCGCCAACACAAGGAGCUGCUGCGCUUCAGACGGAGGCGACGACACAUGAAGCCUGAGUCUUGGCCUGUGUUGCAGGAGGAUGAGACAGGUGAGGGGCGCUUCAGCUUCCCCGGCUACGGCAUGGGCCCCGCCUGCCUGCAGGCCAAAGACGGCAUGGCCAUCAAGGGCAACAACAACAACGCCCCGGCGUCCUCGGCUGCGCCCGAGAAGAGCAUCGAGGAGAUGAAGAAGCUGUUCAUCGGCCGGGCCAAGCGCAUUGACACGGUGUCCCGUGUGGCCUUCCCGCUCGUCUUCCUCAUUUUUAACAUUUUCUACUGGAUCACUUACAAGAUCAUCCGCAGCGAGGACAUCCACAAGCAGUAGUUGAGAGGCGGAGGAGGAGGAGGAGGGCGAGAACAGUGCGAAGAGGAGAGUGCAGAGAGAAGGAAACAGAGAGAGACGACUUCAGUGGGAGAUAUCAUUGCCCCUUAUUUCACGCCUCCUUUCCUCGUCCUCAUGCUUCAUCUUCCUCUUUUGGUUGAGGAUGAGUUGCUUUUUGUGGCUGACCCCACCUGACACCUACUAGACAUUAUUUGAGAUAUUUAUUGCUUUCUUUUCCCUUUCUUCUCCUCUCCUGACCCCCCAAAAAAUCCCAGCCCAAAUCCCGUCUCUUUACACCCCCUGAAUAACCCGGACCAGUGCAAUAGCAAUGCAGUAAAAUGCAUGAUAUAUGAAUGUGGCAAUAUAUUAAUGAAAAGAUGAAAAAUGAAAAAGUAACCACAGACUUUUGCCGGCACGCCUGACAAACUGUGCGGGAGUGGACCGACUGGAAAGACAAAAGACGACGAGGAGAGAGUCUUGUAUUUGAUUUUAGGUUUUUUGUGUGAAGACAGAUAUAUAAUUCUAUAUGAAUAAGUGAUGUUGGGACGGGGUGGGGGACGUGUGAGGAGCAUACAGCAGUGUAAUAUACUCAUAUAUCUAUCAUAAAUGGGAAAAAAAGUAACUUUAUUUUCAAAAGCAGGCAUCUGGAAUUGAGGGAUUUUUCACCCAAAAAAAAGGAAGGAGGGUGGAUCGGUGCUUCCAUUAAAUAAAGCGAUGCAAGGGUCACGCAUUCUAUAUAUCUAGAUUUGCUUCAAACGUGUAUUGCAAGCACUCCUCAGCGCUUUUUCCUCCCCGCCCUGCCGCCGCCAACACCACGAAACCUUGAACUGCAGAGACACUUCGGUCAUACGACUGGACAAAAAGAAAAAAUAAUAAUAAUAAUAAUAAACACUGGACGUGCAGUGCUGAUUAUGAGACAAAAUAUCUCAUGUAUCUGUGGUCGACGUGUUCCUCUACCUGUAUUUCAUAUUGCAUUUUUUUUGGGGGGGGAGGUUUGAUUUAUGUGCCAAGUAAACAUGUCGCUUGUGGCUGUGCAGCGCUCUGCAGCUCCAACCUUUUUUGUCAAGAGGAAGGGAAAAGGUGUGAUGUCUCUCCACAGGCUUCCUCUGGGUUUUUCAAUCCCUGAGAUCUUAGUUUUCGCCGACUGGAAAAAGAGCGAAUCGAUCCUGGACCGAAUAAAAUCGCAGAUCCUCGUUUGCUUUCCUCGUUGUGUUCAUCGGGACUGAACCACAGAUCUGUUUACAUCUUAUUAGUGCUUCCUUGCUUUGGCCCCGCCUUAAUGUGACACCCCACCCUUCCCUGUCCCCCGGCUGAGAGGACGUAUGUAGUGAAUUAUACAGAUUAUAGCACCUGUUAUACCUUAAUUAACUGUAUGUCCACCUCAUUCACAUGCACCAACUGUAGCUGCAAACGUGAUCAUUUGUGAAAAGCUGCAUCGUCACGCAGGAGGAUUUAUUUUGCUAUAGCCAUGUUGGACGGGAUUUAAUGAUUUAACAGGUCAGUUGGUUUUGAUUGAUGAUUCAUUAGAUGACUUUUACUUUGCGCCAGGCUUCUCUAUGCAAUGAUCAGUAUAUGCAAUUAUGAUUUUUUUUUUCCCCCCUUCCCUUCAGCAACUCAUCUCAUAAACACCAACUGUUUGUGGGUUGUUUCAUCCGAUCACUAACUGCUAAACAGUCCGUCAAGCUUAUUGGUGAACAUGGAAGGAAUGGAGGUGAUAAAGUGAAGUGUUCCCCCCCCCCCCAUUGCAUGCAGAUUAGUGAGAGGAAAAGCAUUUUCUAGAAGAGACCAUCAGCAAACAUAUUGAGCCAAACCUCUGAGCCAGUCAGAACUUGGAAAGAAAGUGCAGACAUUUAAGGGAAUACAGGUUGCUUUCUUGUUUUUUCUGCACAUUUUCAGGACUUUCCUCUCUCAUCUCGUAUCGUUUACUCAAAAAACCCUAAAGUGCUUCUUUAUUUCACAAGCGGCAGAUAUUUACAGAUAUGUUUUACGUGAAAGAGCUGAAAGAGGAAUUUUGUAGCAAAGCAAAACUCACUUUAAGACCGAUUAUAUUCUUGUUGCAUUUUUGUCUUUCGUCGUGCAUCAAUUAGUUCAAUUAAAAGAAGCAAAUAUUUGACAUUUUGAGAAGUAGGUAGUUGUGUUUUUCUGCUUUUUUGAUGAGGGCUGGAUAAGACGAUUGACACCAUCCGCUGGGAGGUGAUUAGCCUAGCUUAGCACAACUGGUUAUACAUUUGGCCUAUGUAUUGGUUUAACAAUGUAGGGGAAUUAAUUAACAGGCUUAGAGGGGCAUAUUUGUGAAAGCUGGAGAGACCAGGCUAGCUGUUUCCCCCUGUUUCCAGCCUUUGUGCUAAGCUAGGCUAAUCACCUCCCAACUCUAGAGUAGUAUCUUCUCAUCUAAUUUUUCUUCAGAGAAAGUGAAUAAUAACUAUUUAUUUCCAAAGUUCUAACUAUUCCUUCACCAUACAGUGUUUAGGUAGCAAAUUAACUCCCAACUGUGGUCCUUAAAGAAUCACAGAUUUCAAAAUAAAUUAAUCAACUGGACCAGUAAUGUACAGUUAAAAAAGGAGUUACUGGGAAUCCUGGAGGAGGAUAUACAAUCUAUAGUUUUAAAAUGUUUAACUUCAUAAUAAGAGUACAGUGGAGUGUUUUAUUUUGACGCGUCAUCUCUGAGCAUCACAAACAGAGGAAACAUGAUUCAGUACCAGUCAAAAUCAACAUCAAUCAUGAUGAAAAUAAUAUUUCAAUUAAAAUCUCUUCUUGUCAAAAUGUUUAAGCCCCAGUCCAGCUUGGUUUUGAAGCAAAACCAAAGAUGAUUUUUUUUCUUCUCAUGUUUGAUGUAAUUGUCAUUGCCUUUUGCUGCUGUUGUGAGCCCAGUGUUCAAGAUUUGUUGCAGGAUGUGAUAUAAUACUCAGUUUGUCUUUUUAAUAUGAUUGCCAGAUGCAGUAUUGAGGUUGCCAGAUUCAUUUCAGAUAUACAAAUAGAAUUAUAAUAAUAGUAAUAAUCUAUAUAGGCAUAUUUUGAUAUGAAACAUUGCAGCAUUUUCCCUCCACUUUCUUGUGUUGCUUCAUUUUCAAACUCCCUAUAGAAGUACCCACGUUUUAUUCUAAAUGAGAUCAUUGUUACAGUGUGUCAACAUGUGCGUAUAGGAGGUAUUUGUUUCACUCCACCAUAAAUGUAAUACUAAUUCUAAUGAAUUCAGAUAAUUCAAAUUGUGUGUAAGACUGAUCCGAAGGGCUAUGCCACGCACAUACAUUCUUCACAUUCCAGCGUGUUCUAACUUUAAAGUGGAAGUGCCAUAGGAUUCGCACCAUCCCAAACACUAAUCAGUAAAUCAUUCCCAGAUACAGUGAUGGGAAACUUCGCAAGGCCGUGAUCACAGGGGACGGUUUAUUUGGUUCAACACACACUAUGUGUCUAUGGCUAAAUUUAACCUACAGUUAACAUUUAGGAUGCAAACCCUUAGUUUUAGACAAAGGGAGAAAUCUUUUCAGAUAUAGCUAAAUGAAGUCAAAACAAAUCAACUACAUUUACUAUGGUUCAACAUUUUAAUAGAUCCGAACAAAAUCUUAGUUUUCCAAAAGAAAUUUUAAAAAUUAGCGAGUAGCCUAAAGUUAACUCUUUCUCUUACAUGCAAAACAGUGUAGCAAAACCCAGAGGGAACAGCGAGAAUAGUCCACUUAGCUACUCAGAAAGCUUGUUUGAUGGGAUAUUUGUGUGUAAAUCUCAGAUAGGCUUAGAGCAUUUUCUUUUCGGGUCAAGUUAUACCCUUCCAUUGUUGUCUUCAUGUCAGGAUAGCGCCACAGGUAAAAUUCCAGGAAAAAGCCCUUACUUUUUCCAAAACACAGCACAGAGCUAAGACUAAAUUUAGUAAAGAAUGUUAACUAUUUUGCCUGCACAUGUAGACGCAAUGUAGCAAAAUGUAAAGGGGAAUGGUCACGGAAGGCUAACUAGCGAGCAAAAAGGCUCUUUACCUAGCUAAGUGGCUAGCUUGUUUUACAAGAAACUUGUGUGGCACUUCCAAGUAGUCUUUCUCAGUUGGACCCAGUUACACUUUUUCUUCAUUGUCUUUGUCUCGCACAUAACAGGUAGAAUUUACAGAAAAAGCCCUUAGUUUUUUUCUGAAAACACGCUACAUAGCUAAUCCUUACAUUAGCAAGUAGCCUCCUCAAUUCUUUUGCUUAUGUAUGUAGAAAAAUGUAGCAAAAAUGCAGGAAUGGGCAUGGGACUUAGAUAAUCAAAAAGCUGGAAAACAUUCUCUUUAGCUUGCAUGAUAGGAAAUUAAAAUUUAACUCUGAGAGAGUCUUUGUUUUUUGGGCCCAGUUACAACAUUCAUUCAUGGUCAUUCGUUCAUGGUAGCACCACAGGUAAAGCUCCAACCCUCUGUUUCAAAAGAAGCAACUUAGCCUUAAUGCUAAAAAUGAUCAUGCAAGCAAAGUCGACUUUUACACUGUAAGUGGUCUGUAGCAACUCAGCCAGUUAGAAAGCAAAUGACCAGGCCAUUUGACUUAGUAUUUGCUUUUCAAAUCGGAUAAAUUUUACUGAAUGUAGCACAAACAAGAUGUGUUCAUUAGCCUGCAUUCACGAUACAUGAAACUACAAAACCAGCAAAGUCCAAAAAGAUUACGGAGGUGUUUAUCUUGUGCAUGCAAGUAUGAAUAUCCUUUGGUACUUCUGGGGCUCCAGUAAAAAAAAAUAAAUAAAUAAAUAACCAACAUAAACUUAAUUCUAACCAAGAGGCAGCAUUGUUUCCAUACAUUUCAGGAUAGCAGCAGUCUUUUACAAUUUUCGUGCCAAAAAUGCUAAAAGUAAAAGGAUUCUUAUAAAAUCCGUAUCGAUCGAAGACACAACAGUGCCAUAGCAUCCAUUCAGGGCUACAUCAAUGAAAACACCUUUCUUUCCAUUUGUCGCCGCGCCUCCUCUCUGAUCACGGCCUCACCCCGACUGGUCGGCAGGCUCAGUCCAAUUAGGUCCAUUUGUUUCUCCUUCUGUGCCAUAAAGCCACUGCAUCUGGAAUAAGUCAGACGCACUUCUAUCAUCAGCCUCUUUGCCAAUAGCGGUCGACCAUUUUCUAGAGCGUACAUACAUAUCUUACUGUGCCAUAUGGGGGUUGAAUAUGCAACUAAAAAAAAAAAAAAAAAACGAGGACCUAUAAGCAUAUCAUGCAUUCAUUCAACUACCAUUUUACAUGAUUCAGACCCUUUCCUCAGGCGUGGGUGUUGUGUGUAUCAUAGUCAUUUUAGAGCUUUGUCAUAAGCCUCACAUCAUUGUAUUAAUCAUUGUUAUACUGUAUGGGCUGGGGGAGGGAGGGGUUCAUAACAUGAGAUAGAUAACUGGGUUUAUAUUGCAUUACGGUGCGAUGUGAUGCAUAUGGACUGAACAAUGAGGGAUGUGUUUUUGGACGUUUAUAAAUCCUUAGGUUCUGAACUGGAUUUUAAAGUAGCAUGGUUUGAUUUGUCAAUGAUUAAUGAUUCUAUUGGUUUUGGGGGGGUUUCGUUUGAUUCUCUUGUAUUUUAUUGUAUGUAUUGUACAAUCUGAUGCCCUGAGGGGAGAAAGGAAAAAUACAGUGUCUCCUGAACUGCUGUGAACUAAAGGAAACAUGAUUCUGAUUAUUAUAUUUAUUUAUUUAUUUUCUUCGCACAAGUUGGAAUGGCCUUAAUUUUGCUUUACUUGCUUCUAUUGUGUAUUGGCACAAAGUGCACCCGUUUGAUUUGCAAAAAUUACAAUUGCUCAUUGCGACGCUUAUAAUCCGAGAGUGCACAUCAAAGCAGGAUGAAAAAAAAAAUAAAAAAAUAUGAAAAGUUCAGCAAAUCCUUUUUAUUUUUCAUUAAUCUGAGAAACAAUAUUUUGCAUGAAUAUAAAUACAAUGGCAGAUAUUUUGGCUUGUACAAAAAAAAAUGUGAAGCAAUUUGAAGAGAAAAAAAAGAAUGUACCGUUUCUGCUGUAUCUGUAUAUAUCUAAAUAUUUAUUGAAAUAUGUCAUACUACUAAUUCUAUUAACGAUUAAAGGUUUUCUGAACAAAAA